AUGGCAAACGCUUCCUCUAAACGAAUAGCUUCUGCUAACGAAACAGCUCUGAAGAAUCUCCAACUAGGAUUGAUAAUCGUGAACACCCUCGCACCUGCAAUCCGACUGAUUCUUUCCUUGUUCACAUCCCGGCAUCUCCUCCCUCGAAAAUUCGUCAUCUUCUUGCAUGUGAUUUCAUUUGGAGCUACAGUGGUCACUUGGAAUUGGUUCAAGACUAUCGGUACUCCCUCCAGACCUGGCUCAGGCCAGGUCAGAGUCGGAGAGGAUCUAGGUGGCAAGGGAGUUGUUGAAUUAGGUUGGGAUUUGAUAUAUAUGACUUGGAUAUGUACUCUCGGCUCAGCAAUAUUAGGUGAUUGGAUUUGGUGGUUCUCCCUCUUGGUCCCUGCAUUUGGAGGAUAUAAACUAUUCUCGACUAUUCGACCUAUCCUAGCAAUGUUCCUCCCUGGAAUCUUCGGGUCCAAACAACCUGGUCAGGCUCAAACAGGUGCUGCAGGCCAAGCUCAAGACGGUGCUGCCGCUCAACCUGAAGAGAAAGAGUCCAAGAGACAAGCUAAAUUAAGAGCCAGAAUGGAGAAAGGUGAUAAGAGAGUGCAACAACAGCAAGUUCAGCGUAGCAGGUGA